AUGACUUUUUAUUCCAUUAGAUUAGAUGGUUCAUUUUUAAAGCAAGAAAAUCAAGAUUUUGCACCAAUUCAAUUGACACUAGCUCUUGAUGAAAAUAUUAAAUAAACUAUUAGAGAGACCUACACAAUAGCAGAUGCUUUAUCAUCCACUGGUGGAUUUUUGGAGAUAAUUCAUUUAAUAGCUAUUAUAUUGAUUGGAGGGAUUUAGUAAAAACUAUACUACUUUUCAAUAAUUAAGGAUUUGUUGAUUUGUGAAGAAAGUACCAAUGAAAAGAAUAAGACUAUUGGUCCUCAUAUUGGAUCUCUAAAAUCUUAUGCAGAUCCAAAAUUUCUAAUAGUAGACUUAAAUUUAGGAUGUUCAAAUAAGGGCAGUAAAAAGUUGAUAGUAAAUUUGAAAUUACUUAUCUCUCUUAAUUAAAACUAAGAAGAGUCAAAUGAUUUGAUCGAAGAUGAAUAAAUUAAGAGUUGGCCUAAAAUCAAAGAAUUGCAAAGAAAUACAAUCGAUAAGUAUCUAAGAAAACUUAUUUAGCAUUCUUAAGAAUCAUAGAUUGAUCGAAGAAUAUUAAAGAAUCUUAUGCAAGUAGAGGAUUAAGCCUUAAGCUCUACAUUUUAAAAUAUCAAUGAAUAAAAUAGUUUUAAGGAGUUUGCUAGUUUUAAUUCGCCAAAAUAAUUUGAUGAAGAUAAAUCUGAAAAGACUGCCCAUUUAAACAAGAAAGAUUAAGUUAAAGCCUUUUAUUCUACAUAAAGAGGAAUUAAUUUAGAGAUCAAUAAAAACUAAAAUAAUCCAAUAGGGUAUCUAUCUAGACAUUAGAAUCAAACACGAAAUAGUUAGAGGCAGACAUCAGAUUAGGUAUAAAAUUAAAACUUAAGUUUAAUCCAUAUCAAUUAAAAUGAAGACGAUUUAAUCUUACAAGAGCUAGAUAAUGAGGAAGUUAGAUAUGAUUGA